AUGCAGUACACAUUUGUUUUACUUACGUUUGCAAUUGGUUUAAUUCAAGCGAGAUUGAGAGUAGAUAGAGAAUGGUCAGGAGGGUUUCAAGGAGCCAUAGAAAUUCCAAUUGUAAAUCAAAUCAAUAAUGGAUGGGAGCUCGAAAUUCAAUUUGAUCGAUCGGUAACCAUUGAUGCAUGGUUAGGUGACCUUCAACAAAAAACCAACGAUCAAAUCUUUAUAUAUAGUAAUAAAGAAUGGAAUGCACAAUUAGCAAGUGGUUCAACAUUUCAUUUUGAAUUCGUUGUAAAUGGUGGUGCUGUACCAAGUAGUAUCAUAAGUGUUUUAUUCAAUGGACAACCGGUCAGUAUUGAUUCCAAUAGUGUUACUCAACCUGAAUCAACAAUAAAUCCAACAGGAAGUACACCAACAUUUCAGCCACAAACUUCAUCAACAACAUCAAUUAUAUCAACAGUGAAUGGCAAAUAUAAUUAUGAAGCUGUUCUUCAUGCUUCACUUCUUUUUUAUGAAGCUCAACGAGCUGGUAAACUUCCAGCUAAUAAUCGUGUUAAUUGGCGAAGUGAUUCCAUGUUAAUGGAUAAAGGAGAACAAGGAGAAGAUUUAACUGGUGGUUACUUUGAUGCUGGUGAUUAUGUUAAAUUUGGUUUUCCAAUGGCUGCAUUUACAACAUUAUUAGCAUGGGGUGCCAUUGAUUAUAAAGAUGCAUAUGUCGAAUCGGGUGAAUUCGAUCAAGUGCUUCAAGCAAUUCGCUGGUCAACUGAUUAUUUUAUUAAGGCACAUGUAAGCGAGCGUGAAUUUUACGGACAAGUGGGUGAUGGACAUGCAGAUCAUGCAUCAUGGUCACGACCAGAAGAUUGGACCAUGUCGCGACCGGCAUGGAAAGUAACUGCACAAAAACCUGGUUCUGAUUUAGUAGGUGAAACAGCUGCUGCUCUUGCUGCUGCUUCAAUUAUUUUUCGUUCUAUUGAUUCUGUAUAUCAUUCAAUAUUAUUAACACAUGCUCGACAAUUAUAUGAUUUUGCCAAUGAAAAUCGUGGCAAAUAUUCAGAUUCAAUUUCAAAUGCAGGUGAUUUCUAUAGGUCAUGGUCUGGUUAUGGUGAUGAAUUAGCAUGGGCUGCUGCUUGGCUUUUACGUGCAACUGGUGAACAACGAUAUCAAAUAGAUGUUGAGAAACAUUUUAAAGAAUUUGGUCUAGAUAGACGACCAAAUGAAUUUGGUUGGGAUGAUAAAAUAGCAGGUGUUCAAGUACUUAUGGCUAAAAUAACACAACAAGCUAAUUAUCGUCAACAGGCUGAAUCAUUUUGUAAUUAUAUUGUACGACAAGUUCCAAAAACACCGAAAGGUCUUGUAUUUAUUGCUCAAUGGGGAGCACUUCGACAUGCUGGAAAUGUGGCUUUUCUUUGUUUACAAGCUGCUGAUAUUGGUAUUAAUACUCAAGAAUAUUUAAAUUUUGCUUCUCAACAAAUCAAUUAUAUAUUAGGUGAUUCAGGUCGAUCAUAUGUUAUCGGUUUUGGUCAUAAUUAUCCUCAACGACCUCAUCAUCGAUCAAGUUCAUGUCCAUCUCGACCAGCAGUAUGUGAUUGGAAUGCUUUUAAUAAUCCUCAAGCUAAUCCUCAAUUAUUAAUCGGUGCUUUGGUUGGUGGACCUGAUCAAAAUGAUAAUUAUGACGAUCGUCGUGAUGAUUAUAUUAAAAAUGAAGUUGCUACAGAUUACAAUGCUGGUUUUCAAUCUGCUGUCGCUGGUUUACUUCAUUAUCAACUUAAAUAG